GGGAGUGGAUGGACUGGCUAGUGGUGGACUGUCCAACCGGUCUCACCAUGCAGUUGGACUGCCAUCUCCUUCUGCUGGGGCUUCUUGCUUUCUGGCUUGAGCUGACUCUGGUUGCUGCUCAGAAACGUCCAGAUUUGUGCUUCCUCCCUAAGAAGGUGGGACCAUGUAAAGCCCUCAAACCCCGUUUCUUCUACAACUCGAGCACCCAAAAUUGUGAACAUUUCUUUUAUGGCGGCUGCAAGGGCAAUGCAAACAACUUUAAAACUCUGGAGGAAUGUCAGCGCACCUGUGAAAAGCCAGGUGGAGAGAAGCCUGGAACCUGCCCCAUGUUUCCUGCGAUAGUCAACGAGCCUUGCGUUACGCAAUGUUUGCAUGACGGGGAGUGCUCGGGAGAGGCCAAGUGUUGCUCCAGGAUGUGCUCGAUGGUUUGUCUGAAGCCUCAUCCAGAACUGCCGUGACUUGGAUGCAACACCCAGCGCCUCUCAGCCUCCUGUGUUGGGUGCUCAAAGCCUGCAAUCUCAACCAGACUCCCUCCUAAACCUCACAGUCCUGACCCGGCAUUGCUAAAUCAAGAGGCAUCGACACACUGUGUUGUCUCUUUGCAAGGAUGUUUUUGGCCACUGUGGAAAAAAAGCAACUAUUGGAAAAACCACACAACUUCACAACAUGCUCAGCUUUGCACAUUG